GAUGGCGGAGCCGGGGGCUGCGCGCAGCUACCCGCGGGCGACAGCCAUUGAUGGAUUUCUAAAAACCGAUGAAAGACAAAGACUGGCAAAGGAGAGAAGAGAAGAAAGGGAGAAGUACCUUGCUGCUAGGGAACAGCAGAUACUGGAGAAGGAGAGAAGGGCAAAACUUCAAUAUGAAAAGCAAAUGGAGGAGCGAUGGAGAAGACUGGAGGAACAGAGGCAGAGAGAGGAGCAGAAGAGAGCAGCUGUUGAAGAAAAACGCAGACAAAAGCUUAAGGAAGAGGAGGAACGUUUAGAAGCCAUGAUGCGUCGGUCCCUUGAACGCAGCCAGCAGCUGGAACAGAAGCAGAAGCGAUGGUCGUGGGGAGGAGCACUGGCUGCAGGCUCAGGAGGGAGAGAUGGUGAAUCAGAAAAUACCCCACCCCCUGUUCUAGGUUUAGCUGCCAACACCCUUCCUCCAGACCCUGUGACCGCUACUGCUCCUGCUGAUUCCUUCAAUGCAUGUGACAAACUUUCAGCUUCUACAAUGAAUCUGCCAAAGCAAAUGGAAUCGCCAAUCAGUAAGCGCCUCUCCUCCUCCACAGCGGCAAUAACACAUUCCCCCGACAGAGCUCACCGCAUGCAUCUUAGUCCAAUGGAAAACUUUAUUGUUUCUCGACUGCUGACUCCCACACAGUCAUCUUUAGCCAGAAGCAGAAGUACAUUAAUGCUUUCUGAGCAGUACAAUAAUCCAGUAUUCCAUAUCUGUCCUCGUGUAGCACCAGCUAGUCCUCUUAAAUCUUCCUACAAGCCUUCCCCCACCCGAAGCACCGACAGAAAGAAGGCAACUUCACCCUCCACUUCCGAUGCCAUGAAAGGGGCGGCUGCAGCUGAAGUUACUCAGACUGAGAAGAUAAAGAAAGAGAAGCGAUCUGCAACACCUGGUUCAUCAUCUGGUAUGGGAUCUCCUCUAAGAAGGUCUGAUUCUCCUGCUGCCAUGUCUAGGAGAUCUGCAUCACCUGCAACACCUAAGACAGUUGCAAAGACUUAUCCUCAGUCUCCUAAAAAUGCCAAACAAUAUCCAGCUUCUCCGGUGAAGCAUCGUGCCACUUCUAAUCUCAACCAGGAAACUCCUAAAAAGAAAGCAGACAAGGAGAAAGAAAAUGUCAGUCAUCAAAAAUCCCCGGGAGCACGCACUGAUGAGGCAGGCCAGGUGGCUUCUGAGAAGCAUGUGCCUUCUGCAGGGAAGACUGAAAAUAGUGAAGGGAAGAUCACGGCAGGAACAACUGAUGCAGAAGAAGCUUCAAAAAUUCUAGCUGAAAAAAGACGACAGGCCCGCCUGCAAAAAGAACAAGAAGAAAGGGAGAGACAGGAAAGGGAAGAACGGGAGAGGCUUGAAAGAGAAGAACAGAAAAGAAAGGCAGAAGAAGAAAGACUUCGUCUAGAGGAAGAGGCUCGUAAGAAGGAGGAGGAAAGAAAACGUGAAGAAGCAGCAGCUAGAAAAAAGGCAGAAGAGGAAGCCAGGAGAAGAGCUGAGGAAGAACAAAUGCUAAAGGAAAAGCAAGAAAAAGAGCUCCAGGCCAAACUUGAGAAACAGAGGGAAGAAGCAGAAAUCAAAGCCCGUGAGGCAGCUGAACAACUUCGUCUUGAAAGGGAACAAAUCAUGCAGCAAAUUGAACAAGAAAGACUGGAGCGGAAGAAGAGAAUAGAUGAAAUAAUGAAGAGAACAAGGAGGAGUGAAACACCAGAAAUAAAGAAGGAAGAGCCAAAACUGGAGGCACCAUCAACUUUGAAUGUGGAAAAGCAACCCAAGGCCCUUGUUCUCAACCAGCCAGAGAUCAAUGGAUUGGCAACCUGCCUGAAAAAUAAAAGCUUAGAAAGUGCUGCCUCUGUAAUCCCUUCCCAAGAUGUAGUUGCUAAUGGACUAAAGUCAGUUCCAGGACUUAUUCAGCUGGAAGCUGUUGAUGGGAAAUCUAACAGCAUGGAAGAUUCAACAGAUGAGGUUCAGUCCAUGGAUGUGAGCCCCGUUUCAAAAGAAGAACUUAUCUCUAUCCCCGAAUAUUCACCCAUGAACGAACUCAUGCCUGGUGUUUCUUUGGACCAAAAUGGGACAAGUAAUGCCAAGGCUCUUGAAGAUCUCUUGGAUUUCACAGGCCAAGCUACGUACUCCAAGAUGUCCAGUGAGACCAUUAGCCUAGAUGACUGUAACAAAAACUUGAUUGAGGGAUUUAACAGUCCAGGACAGGAAAAUACACUUAAUUCUAUCUGUUGACAACCUCGCUUUUCAGCAGAACAGAUAAAGAGGUAGCAAUUUGUGGAGGAUAUAUAUCCCUGUGAUGCUACUGGCAGUAAAAUAUGAGCUUGUCACUUGAAAAAGCUUCUGCAGUCCUUGAACACUGGAUUUCAAAUAAUCAGAGCUGAAUAUAACUUUGUCUUCCCAGGGAAUAUGUUGAAUAACUGGCUGCUUUUGGUAGAAACCGAUGAUCCAGAGCCUUGAUGAUUUCAGGGAAGACUGAAUGUGCAUUAGAAUUUGAGCUUUAGCUGCUAAUAAAGCACUUAUUUCUUCUUUUAAUUUAAAAUUCAUCUCAACACUUCACUGUGAUUUUUACCUGUGCAUUUUAUUUUGAAAUAAUUCUUCCCUAAGCUUUAUCAUACAUCCAUUUAGACAUCUUUUUCUUGUAAAUAAUGAUGAGGUUUGCCCACAGUGCAUUGAAAUGAAAUAAUAUACUGUACUUUAGUUUUGUGCCUAUCUUUUUUUGUCUUUAAUAAGGAGUUAUUGGCAACUUUUAUGCAGGUGUAUAAUUCAAAAGUAUAGCUGAAGAGGCUUGAAAAAUACACAACUGCUGGAAUCAAAAGAGCCUUCUUACUGACUGUGGAGUGUGGGAGCUAUCCCAUUAUGGUUAUGUUGACACUUUUAGUCACUAGUGGCACUUACUGGUUAAUAUUAAUUAGUCCGGGAGCGACUAUCAACUAUGUGUUUAAAAACAUACUUGUGUAACACCUGUAAACAAAGUAGGCAAAAUGCCUAGUGUAAUCCCUUUAUAUAUAUAUAUAUAUAUAUACACACACAGAAUAGCUGUAGUAGAUCCAAAUGAGUGGUCAGGGGCGUGAGAUAACAUGUUAAUCUUUGAAGAUGCAGACACUUGAUUAAUACCAGCAGGCUUUCUAUCAUGUGGAGAAGUAUUUUGUCUUCCUAUAGGCUCAACAAAACAAGAUUUAGUCAGCAGCAAAACAAUCUGCAGAUGUUGCAGCAGAAAUACAAAGGCUGACACACACACGGGGAACACUGCUAGCCCCCUUAACGUUCUGUAAGCAUCUGUAUGGAAAAAUUCGCAUCAAGAUGUAUAAUGUCUAGACAUUAUGUGCCAUUCAGCAUUAACUUUAUUUCUGUUGGUGAACUAUGAUAACUUUAUGCUAGAUCAUGUGCUGCUUUGAGGACGCUUUUGUCCAGGUCCUUAUAAAAAUAAAUUAUAAAUACAACUCUCUUUGGACACAAACACAAAAGAAGUGAAA